AUGAAGCUCAUCAUUCUUUGUGGGCUUCUCGGCCUCGCUUUGGCCAGUCUGCCAAGCUACGGAAGACGUGAUAUCAACGAAGUUGAAUUCCGUGCUGAACGUGAAUUCCGCUAUCAAUUUGAUGGACAACUUUCCACUGCUUUGCCUAUCUCUGAAUCCCAAAAAGCUAUCACUCGCAUUCAAUCCCUUGUCACUGUUCAACCUGAAUCUUCUGAAUAUUGGUUCCGCAUGCAAUUGAGAAACCUCCGUUGGGCUACUAGCCAAGAACAAUUUGACUCCCUCAGAGUUCAACCUUUUGAGGAGAUGGAACAAGUUGAGCUUGACAAGGAACAACAACGUCUUCUUACCCUUCCAAUCCGUUUCAACUACAAGCAUGGUCUUGUUGGAGAUAUCGAAUUCGACGGUGAAGACCAAGUCUGGUCUAGAAACAUCAAGAAGUCCAUCAUCAACAUGCUCCAACUCAACUACAUCAAGAAGGGAGUUGAAAGCCGCGAGAUGACCGAGGAAGAGACUACCUACAAGAACGAUUACUUCACCACCGUUGAGCGUACCCUCGAGGGAGAAUGCGAAGUCGUUUACACCAGAAUCGAAGAGUCCAAGGAAUUCGAGCAAUGGACCAAGUCUGUUAACUUCGAGAAGUGCACUGUCCGCCCAGAAGUUCGUUAUGGACGUCGUUUCGUCGAGAAGUGCGAAGAAUGCCAAAAGACCGUCUCUGACGAGAAGCUCUCCUCCACUGUCAUGACCUUCAACGUUACUCGUGGACAAUCUGAGAACAAGUUCCUCAUCCGUGAUGUUGAACUCCGCUCCCAACACUUGUUCGCUCCAGUUUCUGAGAAGAACCAACUUCUUGUCAGCUACGUUUACAACAAGCUUAACCUCAUCUACGCCGGAGAGGUUGAGAAGACCAUUGAAAAGAUCAACGGAGAAGAGAAAGAAACCCUUAUCUACAACUCCGAGAUGGAAAUCGCUGAGGAGAAAUUCGCCAUGACCGGAGAUGAGAAGUACCUUCGCCAUAUCCCAAUGUGGUCCAACAAGGUUGAAAUCAUCAAGAACAUCUUCAACAAGAUGAUGAAGGAUAUUGAAUCUGGAGUUGAACUCGAGACCACCCACCUU